GUCAAUCGUCUGUCGUGGUGGAAAGUUUGAACACUUAGGACGAACUAUAACGUCCCCAUUUCUAACAAUGGUGACUGAGGGCCCAGAGAAGACUGGUGAGGAGGGAGUGGUGGCUGGUGGCGGGGGGACGAGGUUUGACCUGGAGAAGGAGACUGAGCUGCGGUUCGAGGUGGAGGCCGGGGAGAAGGUGCAACUGGAGCUGCUCACAGGAUUGGCAGAGGUCUUUGGCUCUGAGCUCAACCGCAACAAGAAGUACACGUUUGGACCAGGUUCCAAGAUUGCUGUGUUCACCUGGCAGGGCUGUAGUGUUUCUCUCUCGGGGAAGACAGAGGUGGCGUACAUAUCAAAGGACACACCCAUGCUGCUCUACCUGAACGCACACACUGCACUGGAACAGAUGAGACGACAGGCGGAGAGAGACAACGAGAGGGGACCACGGGUAAUGGUGGUGGGGCCUACAGAUGUGGGGAAGUCAACGGUGUGCAGGCUGUUGCUGAACUACGCUGUCAGGCUGGGCAGGAGGCCCACACUGGUGGAGCUGGAUGUGGGCCAGAGUGGGGUGUCAGUCCCGGGCACAAUGUCAGCACUGUGUAUUGAGCGUCCGGCUGACGUGGAGGAGGGGUACUCCGUACAGGCUCCGCUGGUCUACCACUUUGGUUCCACCACUCCAGGAACCAACAUCAAACUCUACAACAAGUUGACGUCGUGUCUGGCCGAAGUGUUCUCCCAGCGCUGUGAGGAAAACAGGAAGGCCAGUGUGGGCGGCUGCAUCAUCAACACCUGUGGCUGGGUGAAGGGUUCUGGCUACCAGGCCCUGGUCCACUGUGCCUCAGCCUUCCAGGUGGAUGUGGUUCUGGUGCUGGACCAGGAGAGGCUUUACAACGAGUUGAAGCGGGACCUACCGCACUUCGUCCGAGUUGUGCUGCUACCCAAAUCCGGAGGGGUCGUGGAGCGCUCCAAAGACUGCCGGCGUGAAUCUCGGGACGAGAAGAUCCGGGAGUACUUCUACGGUUUUCGCAGUGCCUUGUUCUUCCCUCACGCUUUCGACGUGCGCUUUUCUGAUGUGCGGAUCUACAAAAUCGGAGCGCCUUCCAUCCCGGACUCAUGCCUGCCGCUUGGCAUGUCGCAGGACGACACCCAGCUGAAGCUAGUCCCUGUGACGCCCGGUCGUGACCUCACACACCACGUGCUGAGCGUAAGCUGUGCCGAUGAGGGGGAGGAGGGGGCUGGAGGGGUGCGCAGGGGUGUGCUGGAGAGCCCGGUGUGUGGGUUCAUUGUGGUGACUAACGUAGACACACAGGCACAGGUGAUGACCGUGCUCUCGCCCGCCCCCAGACCCCUCCCCAGACACACACUGCUCAUCAUGGACAUUCGCUUCAUCGACCUCAAAUAGAGGAGGAGAGAGGGAGAAGACAGAGAAAUGCUGAAUGGCUGAAAUCCCUGAUGGCUUUGUCAAGAGGAGUUUAAUUUAAUUGGCACUGAGUUUGGGGCAGCAGAGCAGUAUAACUGGUGAGUGUUUUUCUAUAUGGUCUCUCAAGAGUUGUUUUCCACACGAGACUGUUUGGUUAUGAAUGUUUUUUAUUGUGAUUUUAAUAAAAUGUGCCUCUGUUGCAUCUUA